AUGAAUGAAAAAGCGUCCUAUCCGUGGGUGAAGCUUCCCCAUCCCUACCUCACUACCUACAAGAUUCACGUCGUUUCCGAAUCCACACCGCGCGUGCUUCAACUUCAGUUACAUAACUCUCAGGCUGGACAGGCCCUGCCAGAGCCACUACAUAACACUACCUUGACCUUCACAGACCUUUCCUAUAACGAAUUCGCCCAGAACAUCCCCGCCGCAGAUAACAGCCCCUGGGCUCGCAGUCAGAGGGCGCCAGGGACUUCCUUCAGAUGGACGGAUCCAAUGCCACCCACGUUGGGACAGUUCUGGAACGCCAUCCACGCUAUUUUUCUCACUCAUCCGCAGAAUGAGAUCGUGCGUCUAGACUUGUUUGGUCACGGGAAGGAGGUGGUGCGCGAAGAAUGCCUUCGUACCGGGCUGGCCCUCCCAUUUCCUGCGCCGCGCACUCCCUUCGGCACAGAGAACAGUGAAUCAGGGUUAGAUACAAUGAUUCUCUUGCGGUCGGCGUUCUGGCAGGGAGCCGGUUCGCCGCUGGGUCCGCGGCCGAUCUGGGCCGUUGAUCAGGGCAUCCACGGCCUGAUGCGCCGUUCGGUCAACCAGUACCCCUCACUGGCCCAGAAUUAUGAGUUUUCCAUGAAGUUUCCUGACGAGCGCGUCUAUGCUCGGCAUCCCGUUCGCCCCCAGAAACCCACCCCUGCGUCCUUGGUCUACAGUCGCUAUAUCCCGCAUAUCGACCAACAUUUCUCACUGAUGGUGGUGGAUUGGCAGAAUGAGGAGCACCUGCGACUGUUCAACAAAUGGCAAAAUGAUCCGCGAGUGGCUAAGGGCUGGAACGAGACGGGCACCCUGGAUGAACACCGCGAGUACCUGCGGCGGCUUCACGAAGACAAGCAUGUUCUGUGUCUGUUCGGACGGUUCGAUGACGCGCCAUUCUCGUAUUUCGAAGUGUACUGGGCAAAGGAGGACCACUACGGAGCGCAUUAUGACGCGGGCGACUACGAUCGAGGCCGACAUUCUCUGGUGGGAGAGCACAGCGUUCGGGGAGCAUACCGGGUAAACGCCUGGUGGGCCAGCGUGAUCCAUUAUAUUUUCCUUGACGAGCCACGCACGACAUGCGUCGUAGGAGAGCCCAAAGCGACUAACUCUACUGUCCUCUCCUACGAGAAUGCCCACGGACUCACGAUCCAAAAAUACGUCGACCUGGGCCACAAGCGGUCGGUUCAUGUUUACUGCAGUCGGGAGAAAUGGUUCCAGCUGUGUCCGCUCUUCUGGGACGGGCGCGAGAGGCCUUUGGAGAGCUCGGAUCGGACGGCGUGGGACGCGAAGCUUUAG